AAUCAGUCGGUGGCCGAUGAAGAUGAUCAACCUCUCUUCUCGUCUCUACAUAUAGAUAAUGUUUGAAAAAGAUUGUGGACAAUAUUAUAACUCAAAAACGUAUAAUUUAAAAUAAUUAAUACAUAUAGUAUACUACUUUUUCUCUUUUCACAACACGUGUAUCAUUUUGUGGUGCUCUCUUCUCUUGUGUCUAAUUAUUAUAUAAAGGAUAGAACAAGUUCCAAAACAUAAUAAAACCCACCGAGUGCUAAUUAAUAAAGUUCUCAAGCUCUCUUCUUCUUCUUGCUUCUCCUCUACUUGGCCAAAAUAAUAGUUUGAGAGAAAAAGAGGUGGGAAGGGACGACCUUUGAACACAGUUGAUUUUCAUAAUGGCAAGAGGUUUAGUGGGUUUGAUCUGCUGUUUCGCCCUUACGGUGGUCAUCUUUACAGAUAGUACAGCGGCGGUGACACAUACGGUUGGAGACACUACAGGUUGGACCAUUCCUUCAAGCCCUGAAUUUUACACCGACACUUGGGAGGAUAAUAAAACCUUCAGGAUUGGAGACAAAUUAGCUUUCAAUUGGAGUGGAGUACACAACGUGGCUCAAGUAUCAACAGAAGCCGAUUACGAUAAUUGCAACACAGCUGCAGCCAGAGUACUAAGCAGCACAAGCCCAUUCGAGUUCACUCUCAACACCACUGGUGACCACUACUUCCUCUGCACUGUUGGAACUCAUUGCCGAAGUGGCCAGAAGCUUAAGGUCGACGUAGAUACCUCAACUACCACACCAACUACACCUGCUACUCCUACAACUCCUGGAUCACCGACUAAUGGUACCACUACUUCUUCUCCUACUACCCCCACCACUUCUACACCCGCCAAUUCCUCGCCUUCAUUCGCACCCCUCGGAGCUUUAUCUGCAGCCAUGUUUGCCCUAGUGCUCUCCUCCUUCAUGUAGAUUAAAGAGUAGUAGUGAAGUGAUCGAUAGUAGCAAGCAUGGUAUAUCUCUUUGCUUGUGGUUUUUUUUUUUUUUUUUUUCACUGCUACUUAAUUAAUUUUUAUUGUACUGUUUGACCACCGUAUGUUUUGAAACUGAUUGGUUCUAUUAUUUAUUAAUUAUCUGUAUUUUCUUAUUCGAUCGGGAGAAUUAUUUCUUGAAUAGUUGUUGAUAAUUAUAUGUGAUGAGAUUAUUGGAUUA